AUGGCCGAUCACCAAGACACUGCUGGUGCUGCCGCCUCAAACCCCUCCCAGGCAAACCCCUCAACUAUCGUGACGGUGCAUGAUUCCGCAGUUGAUCAGCACCCUCUCAAGCUCUCCAAAGACCAACUGCACAGCCAGUCCGAGGGCGCGGUGCCCCAUGACGUGCUGAAGAACAUCAGCGAACUUGCGGCGGCGAAGAGAGAGAAGUACCGGCGUACCGGCUCUCUACAGGAGAAGGCAGCGCACCAACGCGAUCAGACGACGGAGCCGCUUCCGUACCAGACUGUUCUGAGCAGGAACAAGGUGCUUGGGAAUGUCCUGACCGAUGUGAACGAGGUGUUCACGAGCUUCGUGUGGCCCAACCAGGAAACGACAGCUGACGAGAGUGAAGAGAUUCCCAAAGCCCAUGACCAAGACGCAAACGACCGGGUUUGA